AUGAAAUUCACUGCAGUUGCAGUUACCUGCUUCUCCUUCUUUUCGCAGGUCCUAGGCGAAUCCAAUAUUGCUGGACCCUCAUCGUCUAAGGUCACUCUUCCAGCUACCUUCAAACCGCCACAAGUGUUCAAGAAUGCCAAUUUGGUACAUGUCAUCUCCCUAGAAAAGAACUACGCAAAGGAGUCUAUAAAUGUCUUAAUCGAGAACUCGUCGCCGGAGUCUCAAGAUGAAUACUUCCUACCGUUCACUAGUGACCAGAUGGAGAGGAUUGGAGGUAUCGAGGUGAAGGAUCGAAAGGAUACAAGCGUAACAGGCUUUGCCGUAGAAGCUAUUGAAUUUGAUCCAUUAAGCGAUACCCAAUACUAUCGCAUUCGAUUACCUGCACCCUUGCCGGCCAAGGGUCAACAGACCUUGGGCAUCUCUUUCUACUACCUCAAUGCGUAUGCGCCGUUGCCAGCUUCGAUUGAGCAAUCUGAAAAGCAAUAUCUUGUCUACCAGUUCUCGGCGUAUUGCCCAUCGGUCUACCCAACAUUAAAGCAGAAGACGGAAGUCAAGCUCCCAUCUUCCGAUAUUCCUGACUACACCAAGAUUGCCGGCAGCGGCGAGACUAAGGAAUUCCCACAGAAACAGGGUUCGAAGCUUAUCUACGGCCCCUUCCCCGAAGUCCCGGCCGACGCAGUGUCACCGGUCAAGGUGCGGUAUGAAUUCACCAAGCCCGUCACGCACGUGUCGCAUUUAGAGCGGGACGUUGAAGUCAGUCACUGGGGUGGAAACAUUGCGUUCGAAGAGCGAUACACACUCUACAACCAUGGUGCAAACCUUUCGGCUCAGUUCAAUAGGGUGAAAUGGGCGCAGGCUCAAUAUUUCAAUCCUCAAAGCUACGCCUUGAAGGAGUUGAAAUUCCCUCUUCGAGCUGGGAGCAAGGAUGCUUACUUCACGGAUGCUAUUGGCAACGUAUCGACGUCGCGUUUCCGUUCCAACAGGCGCGAAGCUGUACUCGAACUUAAGCCUCGAUACCCUGUCUUUGGCGGCUGGAAGUAUCCAUUUACAAUCGGCUGGAACUCCGAUGCUAAACAGUUCCUGAGGAAGUCGGCCGAUAGCUAUUUGCUAAAUGUGCCUUUUAUUGAGGGACCUAAGCAAUCUGAGGGCGCUGCAUUCGAGCAGAUCCAGGUUCGCGUGCUCUUACCAGAGGGUGCCGAGAACGUUCGAUUCCACACAACAAUUCCCGAAUCCUCUAUCACAGAUUAUUCUGUCGAUUUACAAAAGACAUAUCUAGAUACCGUUGGCCGGACAGUGCUAACAAUUAAAGCGAGAAACUUGGUGGACGACUUGCGAGACCGCGAUCUUAUCGUCUCAUACGAUUAUUCGCUAGUGGCUAGCCUUCGCAAACCGCUUGUUGUAUUUGCUAGCAUGUUAACGGUAUUUGUAGGGAUGUGGGCAGUCUCAAAAGUGGAUGUGAGGUUUUCUACGAAAUAA